AUGAAUUCGAAAGAUCAUCACCAACAACAACCGAUUGUAUUUACAGAAUCCGAAUGUCCAGGUGUUGAACAAGCAUUACAACAAUUUUGUCGUGCUACUAAACUGAUGGAAGAAGAAGUCAUGUUACCUACACGUUUAAGAGAUUUAGUUUUAGAAAAAUAUCCACUAUCAAAUGGAAGUAGAAAUUCGGUAUCAUACACAAUAUCAAUUCCGGAUGAACGCCGUUGUUAUGAACUAUUUUAUUUUAUUAGACGGAUAAGAGAUCAACUUAAAUGUUUAAAACCAUUUAUAUUGGACGAUGAUCAAACACCAGCACAGUGUAAUUUAAGUAUGUUAUUAAAAACAGAAGAUGAUUAUCCAAGUGAACAACCUUCUCACAAUUUUUUUUCUGGAACAGAAUCAAAUUUAAACGUUUUAUUAUCUCAGUUAACUUAUCAUUAUUAUGGACUCAUUCAAAUUUUUAAAUAUUUAGCUCAAUUAGCAAAUUGUGUCCAAUCAAAAUAUCAUGAAGCCGUUUAUCAAAAUACAUAUUGUUUAAUCGAUGGUGUUCAUGGUCGAGAUGGAAAACUGCAACAAUCACAAGAUGGAAAUCAAGAAUUUGAAAUUGAAUUGUACACUACAAGAUUUAUACAAGAUGAAUCGAUUACAAUUGUAUUAAAGCAAAUUCGCGAAAAUCAUGGCAUUAGUGAAUUUGUUUUAAAAGGUUUUGAUCAUAAUAAUGAAAUUGUUGGAAAAUUUGAUAGAAAUCGAAUAUCUGAUACAAAUAUUAAAUAUUCUGAUUGUCUACCUCGCCAUGAAAACGUCGUAUACACGAAUAAAUUAGUGCCUCCGAUUCGAAAACAUUUUCUUGCAUGGAGAGCAGAAGUACCACAUGAUGCUGAACAAAUUAUAUUCAGUUAUUUAGUGAUAUUAAUUGUGUUUGUUUAUAGAGCUGAUGUUGUUAGUGGUAAUCAACUUUAUCAUGUUCAGUCAAAACCGUUGAAACGUCGUGUUGUGGGUAUUCCAGAUGGUCGUAGCUUAUCGGUUGAACAAUGUGGUGAAAUUUAUGGAUGUUUAAUUGUUCCUCAGCAUUGUACAGAUUCAACCUGUGAAUAUUUGAUGCAAUGGCAUGGUGAAGAUGAUGAUAAAGUUAAAUUUAGUAUACAAGGAAGAGCAAGUUCAUUUGUUGGAGUUGGCUUUUCAACAGAUAAACAUAAGGGCGAUGAUCAAAUUGUUUUAUGUAUAAAAGAUCCAAAUACAAAUUAUGCUCGUAUUCAAAAUAUGUUUUUAAGUGUUCAAACUCCACAAUUAAUUGAAAAAGAUUAUUUAACAUAUGGUUUACAAGAUACAGAUGCCUUUGCAAAUGAGACACAUAUCAAUUGUGAAUUUACACGAUCAAUGGGACCUUACGGAUAUAUUCCACCUUCUCAAACGGCUGAUCAACAGCAAAAUAGAGAUAACAGAGAGAAUGUACGACCACUACAAUCAAAAAUUCUUGAUUUAAGAGAGCCACAUUAUGUUUAUCCGCUUUAUGGUGAUCAACAAAGUUUACAACAAUUAUCGCCAGGUCCUGCUCUACCCAUCAUGAAUGAUCAUGCUGUUAAUUUCUAUCGUCGUAAUCGACCAAAAGGACAUAUUCGAGGAUCUUGGUUAGCGAAAGCACAUGCUGGAUUGAUGAUGAUUGCGUGGAUAUUAUUGGCAUCAACUGGAAUAUUGAUUGCGCGAUAUUAUAAACCCAUAUGGCCAAAAAUUAAUCAUAAAACGGGAACACGAAGUGGCGGUUGGUGGUUAUGGUUUCAUCGACCAUUGAUGAUAACAACAUCGGUGUUGUCUGUGAUUGCUCUUUUAUUUAUAUUAUUUGAAUUAAGAUGGAGAUGGACGUCCGGUACACAUCAUCUAUGGCAUUCGAUUCUUGGCAUAAUCGUUAUUGUAUUAUCAUUCUUAAAUCCAAUCUUAGGUGUCAUUCGUCCUGAUCCAAAUUCACGUGCACGUUGUUGUUGGUAUUGGAUGCAUUGGCUAAUUGGUUCAUUGGCUCAUUGUAUAGCAAUUCCUGUUAUAUUUUUGGGCAUGGACAAUCGUCGUCUUGAUUUAUGGAAUUGGUGUUCGUGGUUACUAUUUGCUUGGUGUAUUUUUCACAUGAUCGUUGAAAUUAUUCUAGAAAUACACUACUGUUGUACAAUAACAAGAAAUUACGAACGUAUGGACGAACUAGAAUAUCAUCCAGAUAAACAAGAUCCAAGAAAACCAGGCAAAGCACCGGGUUAUCGUUGGAAACCAGGUCUAUUAGUAUUUUAUAUUUUCAUAACAUUAGCAGUUGUCAUUGCACUUCUUAUUGCUGUUAUUUUAUACGAUGGAUAUUAA